AUGGGCGGGGAGGACUUCGAGGAGCCAACAGAAGGAGAAAGCACAGAUUCAGAGGAGGAAACGGGUGCGAUGUCGGGCCAUUCGUCUCUUGAGGACAGCAGCCAGUUUGUGGAGCCAUCGUCAGACCAUGCUCUGAGCCAUAAAUCUGAAGAUACCCAUACUAUAAAGCAGAAGCUUGCACUCCGCUUAAGCGAACGGAAGAAGGUCAUAGAUGAGCAAGCUUUCCUGAGCCCCGGGAGCAAAGGGAGUACCGAGUCAGGCUACUUCUCAAGUGAAAAAAUUAAGCCCGAACAAUCAUUAUUGUCACUUCAGCAAUCCCACAGUGCCACAGAGACAGUGCCUCUCCUAAGAAGCCACUCAAUGCCUUCUGCUGCAUGCACUAUAAGCUCCCCACAUACCUUUAGAGGUAGCUAUUCAUUUGAUGAUCACAUCAUGGAGCCUGAAGUCUUAAGCCGCAGUCAAGCGUUUUCUUCCCAUCCUCGAAUGCUAAAACGACAACCAGCUAUUGAGCUACCUUUGGGAGUAGAAUACGUCUCAGAGGAGGUUAGCUCUGCAAACAAAGAAACUGUUUCCAAACCUCCUGAGGAGCCUGAAACCAAGGAAAGCGAUCUUACCAAAAAGUCAAGGAAGGGUCCGAAAGUUAAAGGGUUCAUGUACGAGUGUAACAUAUGUGGUGCUCGGUAUAAGAAAAGGGACAAUUAUGAAGCCCAUAAGAAAUAUUACUGUUCAGAACUGCAGCUCUCAAAGCCUCGCUCUUCCACUUCCCAUACCUCUUCAGAGACUGAGAAAAGCGUUGCAGAUCCUGACACAUGGCCACAGAUGAUGCAUUACAAGCUAGGGAGCAGUUUGGAGCUCACCCCACUCCGAAAAAGACGAAAGGAAAAGAGUCUCGGUGAUGAUGAGGAGCCUCCAGCUUUCGAGUUGUCUGACACUCCCUCCUCCAGUACUGGGCCAGGGACUCAGUUCGCAAACCCGGCAUCAUCUGAUGUCGCUUUAAACCUAGCCCGUGAAUCCAUUAAGUCACCAGCAGAUCCGGGUAAAUCCGCACCUUCUGAUGUCAGUGCCAGCUUUCAUUCCAGGAGUACCAAACCGGCUUCAAGUGUGGAGGGCAAAGAGAGAAGAACAACCUCAAAGGAGAUCUCCGUCAUCCAGCAUACGAGCUCCUUUGAGAAGUCUGACUCUAUCGAGCAGGUGAGCAGCUUGGAAGGAGAAGAGAAACCCUUGUCACAGUACUCCUCUCAGCCAACACCCCAGCACAGCCGACCGCCCCACUCCCUGCAGCCCAAGCUGGUACGCCAGCCCAACAUCCAGGUCCCAGAGAUUCUGGUCACGGAAGAGCCUGACAGACCAGAAACGGAGCCAGAGCCUCCUCCGAAAGAGCCAGAGAAAACAGAGGAAUUUCAGUGGCCGCAGAGGAGCCAGACCCUUUCUCAGCUCCCUGCAGAGAAACUCCCACCAAAAAAGAAGAGGCUGCGGCUGGCAGAAAUGGCUCAGUCCUCCGGAGAGUCCAGUUUUGAAUCAGUCUCUCUCACCCGGAGCCCAAGUCAGGAAAGCAGCAUAUCCCAUGGCUCCAGCCACUCUGUCUCUUUUGAUCGGGAAGAUCACAGCAAGUUGGAGUCGACCAGCCAGCCCUCUGAAUCCCACCCAAAGCCUCCUGGCAUUGGCUCGCAUAUGUUGAUGGUACCAAGCCACCAUCAUCACUCCAGGGAAAUGCGGAGAUCUGCUUCUGAGCAGACACCGAAUGUGUCACAUCCUUCCCAGAUGUCAGAGACCCGCAGUAAAUCAUUUGACUAUGGGAGCUUGUCGUCCACUCCUGCUUCAACUCCCGGCCCCUCAGCCUCCUCGGCUCCACAGGAGAGAAGGAAAUGCUUUCUCGUUAGGCAAGCAUCCCUCACUAGACACCCAGAGCACGAGCCAGACUCGGCCCCAACAGGCCGGCUGGAUUGCCAGGUGAAGCUGGUGGACAUUUACCACAGAUCAAAUCCAGUUUAUUCCCAGCAGCAGGAACCUCCAGUCUUUCCCCGUGCACGGAAUAUGGCUCAGACAACAAAUAUGCCGUCCUAUGGGAGUGCGAUGUACACAACGCUUUCCCAGAUUCUGGUCACUCAAUCCCAGUGCAGUUCCUCUUCUAUCAUUCUCCCCAAAUUUGAUGAUCGCCAAUCCAAGGGUGCCCUGGUCUGCAGCGCCGAUGUUCAUGGACUAGGCUUCGAUCUGGCACAGAUGAUCACAGAGGAUCAAAGAAGCAUUUUCCAGAGCCCGUAUCUGAGAGUGCCCUUACCCUUACCAGAGCGAAAAGGCUAUAUGCCACUCACCUCCCCAUCAGACAGCGUCCUUGGACUGGAAGGAGGCCCUUCAACCGUUGGUGGGAGCAAACGGAUGCUCUCUCCAGCUGGUAGUUUGGAGCUGACAAUGGAAACACAACAGCAGAAGAGAGUGAAAGAGGAAGAGGUGUCUGAAGCAGAAGAGAAGUUGGAAGUGGUGAAGCCACCCAGUGCAAUAGAAGAAGGGAAUAAGCAGGAUAAAUCUCACUUUCUUGCAGAAAGCCAAGGCAGGGUCGAGGUUGAAACACCGCCUAGUUUGUCCUUAGAGCAGUCAGAGCCAAAGGAAAUCCCAAGUACUUUGCAGCAAGCUGUGUCCCAUUCAGGUUCUCCAAGUUUUGAGGCACUGGAAGAGUAUAAGCAGCCAGCUGGUAAGCAGUUCCUCAGCAAGGCACCUUUGCAACCCGUGAAGAAAGAAGACUCCAAAGAAUUGGUGGAGCAGUCUCCACCGAACCCUCCAAGCCCUGCACCUCUGUCUGAGGUCACUCACAGUGCAAUGAAGUCUCGAGAAGGUACAGAUACGAAGAAGGUACUUCAGUUCCCCAGUCUCCACACAACCACUAAUGUCAGUUGGUGCUAUUUAAACUACAUAAAGCCAAAUCAUAUCCAGCAAGUUGAUCGACGGUCUUCAGUGUAUGCCAGCUGGUGUAUUAGCUUGUAUAAUCCUAACCUUCCAGGUAUAUCCACUAAAGCAGCCCUGUCCCUCCUGAGGUCCAAGCAGAAGGUGAGCAAGGAAACCUACACCAUGGCUACGGCUCCACGUCCAGAGGCAGGCAGGCUUGUCCCGUCCAGCUCCAGGAAGCCAAAAAUGACAGAGGUUCAUUUGCCUUCGCUCCUUUCUAAUGAAGGUCGAAAAGAUAUAACUAGAGCUGAGAAGGAAGAGGAUAAAAGAGGAAAAUCAGAAGAAGAGGCUCUUGUAACCAAAAGAGGGGAGCCAGUCAGGAUCAAGAUCUUUGAAGGAGGGUACAAAUCAAACGAAGAGUAUGUGUAUGUGCGAGGCCGUGGAAGAGGGAAGUAUGUAUGUGAGGAGUGUGGAAUUCGCUGCAAGAAACCCAGCAUGCUGAAGAAACACAUUCGCACGCACACAGACGUCAGGCCAUAUGUCUGCAAGUACUGUAACUUUGCUUUUAAAACCAAAGGGAAUCUGACUAAACAUAUGAAGUCAAAGGCCCACAGCAAAAAAUGUCAGGAGAUGGGCGUGUUGGUAUCUUCACUGGUGGAUCUGGAAGCCGAAGAAGAAGGGGCCCUUGAAGACCUAUUCCAGGACUCUGAGGGGCGGGAGGGAUCUGAGCCAAUUGAGGAACACCAGUUUUCAGACCUAGAGGAAUCUGAUGAUGAUGACGACAAUGAAGAUGAGGAAGAUGAGGAGGAAGAGGAGAGCCAAGAUGAACCACCUUUAAAAUUGCCAGAAG